AUGUCUGAUCAAUUAGUAUCUAAAAAUCCAGAUAAAUUUGAUAGAGAAACUUGGGGCAGAUAUUUAAUCAGUCAAGAAUAUAAAAAAAUAUUAACAGUUACUAAAAAUGAUAUUAAACACACAGAAGAUUUUUAUUUAGAAAUUUAUAAAAAAGAAAAAUAAAUUAUUGAAAAAGAAUUAGAUUAACCAGAUAAUAAAAGAGCAUCAAAAAUUAAGUAAGUUUUAGAUGUUAACUUCGAUUAAAAUCCUUUCUUUUAACAAUUAUAUUAAUAAGUUGUGCAAGAAAGCUUAGAAAUUAUUAAAACUACUAUCAAGUAAACUAAAGAAACUGAUUCUGUUUACAAAGAUUUAUUGUAAUUAGGAUGGUUUUUAGUUAUUUGUUUAAAUCCAUAUUUAGAAUUUAAAGACAUUAAUAUGGAUUUUAAUUAGUUUUAUGAAGAGAUGCAAACAUUAACAGAAGCAUAACUUCUUGAAAAAAUUGGGAAACGUUUAGAUUUAUGA